ACCAGAGAACAAGGAAAUAAACUCCUCCUCCUCCUCCUACCACUUCUUUCAAAAAAAAAAAAAAAAACGACAACGACAUCAAAAGAAUGCAUUCGUUCGGAUACAGAGCGAACGCAUUGCUAACGUUCGCCUUGACUAUACUGGCGUUAAUGUGUGCCAUCGCUUCUUUCUCUGACAACUUCAAUUUCCCUUCUCCUUCUGCCCAAAUCCAGAUAGUGAAAUUCAACUGGUUUCAAAAACAGGUACAUGGAAAUGAUGAGGUCAGCCUCACCAUGAAUAUAACAGCUGAUUUGCAGUCACUGUUUACAUGGAACACAAAGCAGCUUUUCAUAUUUGUAGCAGCUGAGUAUGAAACCCCCCAGAACUCAUUGAACCAGGUGUCUCUCUGGGAUGCUAUUAUACCUGCCAAAGAGCAUGCGAAAUUUUGGAUUCAAACUGCAAACAAGUACCGUUUUAUUGAUCAGGGAAGCAAUCUUCGUGGUAAGGAAUUCAACUUGACGUUGCACUGGCAUGUCAUGCCCAAGACUGGCAAGAUGUUUGCUGACAAAUUAGUCAUGUCUGGAUUCCGCAUGCCUGAGGAGCAUAGAUGAGGAUAGGGCAUCUACGGUGUAUGUUUUUGUUGUAACUUUAGCCAUUAAAUAUGGGAUGAUAAAGGUCUCCUAAAUUAAGAAAACUACAGACGGGGUAAAAGUUUCAUGAUUGAGGUAGAAACGAGCACGACUUGGAAUUUUGAGCACUUGGGUUUAUUUUUUGGGCAAGUGUUGGUUUCUGUCUUUGGUUUUGGAUA